CUCUUUCGGUUUAAAUGCACGAGUUAUUACGAGCCCAGGAAGGAGAGGCUGCGCAACAGGGUUCAUCUAUCAUUUCUGGAUUCAAGUUGCACUUCAUCCAUAAAACUUUUCUACGAUGGUACCAAGUUAUAGCUGUACUCACUGCCCCAGAAACCUCUUUGUUGAACCUUAAUGAACCCACUGCUUUCAUAAUAAAAUUGAACAAUGUUACAAGAAAUAGUCAGCACUGCACGCCUCAUUUUGUUAGUGCGGACAGCUAACGUGCAGAAAUGGUUUGGAAGGCAACAGAGGAGUGGCUUUCAGCAAAAUCAAUUUACUCCUUCACACAAACCUCGCCUCACAAUAAGUUCCAGUAAUAUGUCUGAAACACAAGCAUUCUGAUGCACCCACGAUGUGCUAGCUGAGAGAAAACAGCAAACCAAAUCACCAGAAUAUGUGCCAAACAAGAAUCGUAUAAUACUGUGUGUUGAUGUACUCUAGAUGAUAUGAACGAGCCAAGAAAGGAUCAAAUUAUUUUGCCCAACAAGAGUAAAAUAAUGGUGUGGAAGAUGCUACUGCUGACUCGUGCUUGCUGUUAAUUUUGCUGAUGUUUGAUUAUCAUGUUGGACUCCAUUUACUGCUGAGAUGAUGGAGGUGGGGAAAUGGUCAUCCAAAGAAGUGCUCGCCUGGUUGACGGAACAUGGCAUGCAGGAGUAUUCCGAUGCAUUUCAUAACCAGCUAAAUGGCCAUGACUUGUUAAAACUGUCUCAGCAAGAUUUCCAGAGACUGCCCUUGUCUCACAUUGCAUCAGACAAUGGACAGCAACUGUUAGAAAAAAUCGAAACGUUAAAGAUUGAGCAUCACAUAGAAGCACACAAAAACGGACAUGCAAAUGGACAUCUUUGCACAGGGAAUGAUAUCAAUAAUAAAACCAAAAGGAACGGCUUGGCGAACGGUUUUCGUAAAGAAAUGGUUCAAAUCCCCAUGCCGGAACUGGAGCGACUUCAGACACCUCUGGAAUGGUGGAAGACUGGUGUAGCUUUCCUUUAUGCAGUUUUUUGUUUUCUACUCACAACAGUGAUGAUUUCAGUUGUUCACGAACGUGUGCCUCCCAAGGAGGAACAACCUCCUCUUCCAGACAAAUUUUUUGACUAUUUUAACAGGGUAGAAUGGGCCUUCUCCAUUUGUGAAAUCAAUGGGAUGAUACUUGUAGGAUUGUGGCUUGUUCAGUGGGUGCUAAUGAAAUACAGAUCCAUUGUGGGUCGCAGAUUUUUCUUCAUAGUUGGCACGCUUUACCUGUACAGAUGUAUUACAAUGUAUGUUACAACACUUCCAGUGCCUGGCAUGCACUUCAACUGUUCUCCAAAGCUGUUUGGAGAUGUAGAAGCACAGAUUAGAAGAAUUAUGAAGAUGAUAGCUGGAGGUGGACUGUCAAUCACAGGAGCGCACACCAUGUGUGGAGAUUACCUGUAUAGUGGGCACACAGUUAUGCUAACCCUCACCUACCUAUUUAUCAAAGAGUAUUCUCCAAAGCGUUUUUGGUGGUAUCCCUGGAUCUGUUGGACUCUCAGCAUCGUUGGAAUUCUCUGUAUUCUUCUGGCCCAUGACCACUAUACUGUGGAUGUGUUAGUAGCAUAUUAUAUCACGUCCCGACUUUUUUGGUGGUACCAUACCAUGGCCAAUCAGCAAGUAUUAAAAGAACCCUCCCAGAAAAAUUUUCUAUCCAGAGUGUGGUGGUACAGAUUCUUUCGGUUUUUGGAAAGCAAUGUUCAAGGGAUUGUACCUCGCUCAUAUCAAUUGCCAUUUUUGUGCUCAUCGAUCUCACAGUUCUUUGGGAGACAAGUUAAAUACAGCAGAUUAGUGAACGACACAUAACAGCAGGCAACAUGAAGGGACUGUGCAAGAGUGCUGAAAAUAACCCUUGAGCUGAUGCCAUAGUGAACUUUUUGCUGGUUCAUGUCUUGCAACAUUUACUUAAGUGUUCCAAUUAACUGGUCAGCACUGUGAUCUUUCCAAAGGACUAAAUAGAACACAAAAGAUUGACAUGCACUGUAUAUUUUUUUUUGUUAAUUGUCUGUCUGUCUUUGUGUAUGCCAUAAAUACAAAAUCACGUUCCAUUAUAUCUGAUAUUAACUGCAUCAGUGGCAAUUGUAUUUUGUCUGCUAGUGAUUUCUUUAGGAUAUGUGUGCACAAUUUUCUGGGAAUAAAUUGUAUUUUUACAAUCAGAUAUUCAUCUUUAAUAAUUGUUGCCCUAAAGACUGGGCUUAAAGCCAUUUUCCUAGAAAUAUUUAGCUAUUAAAGGCAGUUGGUGAAUGUAAGGAUUGGGUUCGAUUUGUGAACUUCGUGCAUGCUGCAACCAAUGUGGCAAAAGACAAUUUUAAGUGCAAAAAUGUUUUAUAGCAAUCAUUCUUGUUAUUUUUGUCAAAUGAAAAGUGGCAGUGCAAAAAAAAUUCUACUUAGCGUUUUGAAGUGAUUUUUCAAGUGAUUAAAAAGUAUUAAGAUAUAAUGGUGGAUUCCAAAACUCGCUCACAUUAUAUAGCAAGAAUGAAAUCAGCACUGGUUGGAAAUUUUGACUGGUAUUGUUUGUUUUAUAGUGCCUUUUCUUGUCCUGAUUGUAUGGUCAGUAGCUGGUCUGAGAUGCUGUAUAUGGAAAACUCAAAAACCUAAAUGUACGUUACCCAGAAAUAUUGAGUUAAUAAUUAACUUUUGCAGCAUUGCAAAAUGUAAGCUCUACAGUGAGCAAUCUGUUUUGUAGUGAAUGUUUGUGCAUUCUGUAUGUCUUAAAUACUUUUGAGAUAUUCGGUGCAAAAUAAAAUGGUAAUGUUCAAUUCACUAAUUGUGGGCAUGUCCUAUUAGCUAUAUUACUGUACAGGUAAAUUAUUUUAUUAUAUAAAUGGGAAGUACUACAGAGCAAAUAUAAGUGUUGUUUCUCAACUUCCUUUUUAUAGAUUUUGCAUUUUUCUUAAAUAUCAAGUCAUAACGUGAAAGCAAAAAAAAAUUGAAUUUAUGUGCAGUGGCACUGGAAAAUUAUCCAUGUUUCAAUGACCCUUUAGUGGGUAAAUAAUCAACAGAGAUACUCUAUUUCUAUAAAUUUUAUUAUAUUUCUGCAAAUAAUGCAUGUAGUCUUUAAAUAUCACCAAAAUCAGAUGUCUAGUGAAAAGGAAACCUCUACUUGCCAAUGUGAGAAAUAAAUAGUUUUUUAAUCGGAAAAAUAUGAUCUCCAUCUGUAUUUUAUGUGAGAGGAGUUCUUUUCUGUAGUUUUGUGUAUACACCAAGGUGAUAUUUGUAUUGUAAUAUAAUUAUGGUGAAGGAUGGACAAUAAAAAGCUUUAAAUGUAAAUAUUUCUUUGAUUAGUCUUGCUGCUUAAAUUGUCAUUUAUUUAUAAAAUAAAGCAUUGGUUUUUCAAA